GGCGAAGAAUUUCACGAGGGACGAGAGCAAGAGGAGAGCACCGUGGAAAGGAUGAUGCACUUGGCGCGCCGUAGGACCCGUAAAGGCCGGGAUCAACGCGCAAGUUUUCUGGCUCGGGCACAGAGGGAGAGCAGCUGUUUCCAGGCUGGACGGUGCCGACGGAGCGAAGUGGCCAUGGACUGACGGCGGACUUCAGUCUAGUUGCGACCGUCGCGUUGCGAGGUCGUUUGACGAAACCGGUUCGGUUCCCGCGAACAAUUAUCUUGCCGCCACGUGUAUUCGUGCAUCGUUUUGCCGACGUCGUCGAUUCGUGGCCGAAUUUUACGCCGGUUCGGGUUACAAACAACGAUAAGAUCGUGCCAUCGAUCCAAUUUCAUCGUCAAAAAGCAGUUUCGUCGCCGAUGAGAAUCCGGCAUCGCCUUCUCUAUUAGUACAGUCACAACCAUGGUAUGACACUCGAUUGAGGUAGCCAGUCUAUAAACGACAACCAGCCGCCGCCAUGAGCAAGCUAUUUCAAUUUCUGGCUCUCCUCCUGUUGGGUGUCAAUGCCAGACGGACCGACGGAGACAGACCUGCGGAUGACGCGUACACCGGCCAGCGUCGUGGCUCCAUCCACAAGUCGAAUUACAACGGCAAUAAUAAUUACAAUCAUCAAUCGAACUCACCAUAUCAGCCGUAUCAGCAGCCUAGAGAGAGGAAGCCCAACAUCGUGUUGAUUCUGACAGAUGAUCAAGAUGUUGAACUUGGUUCGCUAAACUUUAUGCCACGAACUCUGAGGCGGAUAAGAGACGAAGGUGCCGAGCUAAGACACGCGUAUGUGACCACUCCCAUGUGUUGUCCGAGCAGGAGCUCUUUGCUGACCGGUCGUUACGUUCACAAUCACGAGGUCUUUACGAAUAACGACAACUGCAGCAGUCCCCAGUGGCAACGAGAUCACGAACCUCAUUCCUUUGCUGCUUACUUGAGCAACGCCGGAUAUCGGACAGGAUACUUUGGCAAGUAUUUGAACAAGUACAAUGGCUCGUACAUACCACCGGGGUGGCGAGAAUGGGGUGGCCUUAUAAUGAAUUCUCGCUAUUACAACUACAGCGUCAACAUGAACGGCAAGAAGAUAAAGCACGGCUUCGAGUACAGCCGGGACUACUAUCCGGAUCUGAUAGCAAACGACAGCGUGGUUUUCCUUAGGCAGAGCAAACACAAUUUCGCCCGGAAACCGGUGAUGUUGGUUGCGAGCUUUCCGGCGCCGCACGGCCCAGAGGACUCGGCUCCGCAGUUCUCCCAUCUGUUCUUCAACGUCACCACUCAUCACACACCUGCAUAUGAUUUCGCGCCGAAUCCCGACAAGCAAUGGAUACUUCAAGUUACGCAGAAGAUGCAGCCGAUUCACAAGCAGUUCACAGAUCUCUUAAUGACAAAACGACUGCAAACUCUGCAGAGUGUCGACGCUGCUGUAGAAAGAAUUUAUCAAGAGUUGAAGGACUUGGGCGAAUUGGACAACACGUACAUUAUUUACACGUCCGAUCACGGAUAUCAUUUGGGACAGUUCGGACUUAUAAAAGGCAAAAGUUUUCCGUUCGAAUUCGAUGUGAGGGUGCCAUUUCUCAUUAGGGGUCCCGGUAUCGAACCCGGAUCCGUAGUAGACGACAUAGUUUUGAACAUCGAUCUGGCGCCGACGUUCCUGGAUAUCGCUGGCGUCGAAACGCCGCCUCAGAUGGAUGGUCGUUCCUUCAAAAAACUCUUUUUCAAUAGCAAGCACGGUAGAAGGUCGAAGCUCAAGUGGCCCGAUACAUUCUUGAUCGAAUCCUCCGGGCGUCGUGAGACCCCGGAAUCUAUCGCCGAAUCGAAGGCGCGGGAAGCUAGGAGGCAAAAUGCUACACAGAUCAAGCAAUCGCCGAGCUCAACGCUGGAAGAGGAGGAUGAAAUCGUUGAUCCGGAUGCCGAUGGCGAGGUAGAGCGUCGAUUUACAGACAACGACACCGGAAGCGAUCAGGAUAUUUCAGAUGACGAAGACUUUGAAGAUUCGAUUAUCGAUGAGACAAGUUCGGAUCCACAUCUGGACAAUAGAGUGCACUCAAUGCACGCGGGCUUCGCUACGAAGCACGAGCGUCUCGCAGCGGAGUGCUCGCGACCGGAAGCGCAAGCCGAUUGUCUUCCCGGACAGAAAUGGCGAUGCGAAAGGGACGGACAUCGGUGGCGACGGCACAAGUGCAGAUACGCGGCACCUCCGCCACCACAAAAGGUGUCCAAGAAAUGCGCCUGUUUCACACCGAACGGUGUGGUCUACACGAGGCUGGAAUCUAACGAUUACAACGGACAAUACGGCUUUACGAGAGACCGUCGACUUACGAAUUCUUACACCGAUUCUUACACCGAUAUAACGAGAUAUUUCAAACGAGGCAAGCGAGAAGUGUCGGACAAUACCGUGACGAUUGAGGAAAGCAAUGAAGAGUUUGACGAUGACUUUGACUUAGAAGAUAAGCGCGAUAGACGUGCAAUUGACGAGGAAGAUGAUGAAGAUUUCCUUCAAGAGUUGGAUGAGCUGACGCGAGAGAUGAGGAAGGAUCGCGAGAACGUGCGACAUAGGAGCGGCAACUGGACAAGAACUGCAGAUGAAACUGACAAGCAAGAUAAUCUUGUCGAUUACCAGGACUAUGGUUAUUCGAUGAGCGAUUUUGACCUUACCUCUUUGGAUAAGAUUAUUAAAGGCCGACUAAAUGUGGACGAUGUGAUAAAACGACAUCGAAGAGUACGGAGAAGUGUUACGAAGAAGGAUACCAUAGAACACGUCACGAAAAUAAUGGAAAGCAUAGAAGAAGAACUAGACGACUUGAAGCAACGUCAUCCGUCUGGAAAAUCAAAAUCGCCAAAGUGCUUGGUUUUACCGGAAGGAGGUGUAAACUGUUCUGAAUCUAUAUAUCAAGAUCCUAACGAGUGGCGAACAUCGAGACGACAGAUCGAGCAGCAGAUUCGAGAGAUGCGAAGUCAACUGGAAACAUUGAAAGAGAUUCGCCGACACUUAAUGAUCAAGCGACCUCUGUUCUUCGUGGACAAUGAAGAAAAGCUUGGUGAUGCAGGAGAACCUCAUAAAACUCAUCACCAUCCGCCGAAGGGUCUUGUAGGUCGUCAUCAUAAAAAACAUGAUAAAAGUACGACCAACGAGUCUACUGCAAAGAUCAGUACAACUCCAAGUUAUGAAAAAGUUUCAGUGACAGAAGUGAAGAUUGAUAAAUACAGCACAACUCCUAGUGAAACUUCUUUCAUCGCGGAGAUUGUCACCGAAACGCCGGUAACGACCGUUUCGUCGACUGUUAAGCCGAAGAAACAGCCGCGUCGUCAGAAAACGAAGGAAACUUCCACGAACAGAACGGAAAUUGAAGACGAUAAGCCACAGAGGCGCAGAAAAACACACCACCAUCGUAAUAAGAACAAUACGCUGCUCACAAACAGUAUACACGACGAUAGUCUGCACGUAAAUACAACCGAUGCAACGUUAUCCACGCGAGAUUAUACAACUGAAGGGCACAGUUACAAAUUUACGACUGUUACUACCGCUUUUACAGAAACAAAUACCAGACAAGAAGAAAUCGCUGACGUAUCUAGAAGUAACAUCUUUAACGAAGAUUCUACUACAGAAUCGGUCACAGAACUGGAAACGACUGUGACAAUAACUUCAACGCGCACAACGGAAGUGCCAAGAAGCAGUCUGACAAUCACUAAAGUUACAAGUCCCGAUCGAUCACGAAAUACAUUCACCGCGACACCGACGACCACGUUGCCAGUAAAAAGAUACCCGAAGACGCAAAAGAACAGAACGUCGGGAAUUCUCGGACCAGCAAGAAUCGACGUCACUAUUCUCGAAACUCCCGAGAGGAAACACAAACCAGCUGUAACCGUGAGCAACAACAACAGUCGUCUGUCACCGACCAGUCAAGUGGAAGCGCGACACAAAUGUUACUGCGAAGACGCGAAGAAAGACGAGAAGGAGAUUGCCAGAGAAGAGAGACGGAGAUUGAAGGAGGAACGUUUGAGGAAGAAAGAACGAAAACUGAAGAAGAAAGCCAAACUGGAAAAGGAGUGUCUGACGGAGAAAAUGAAUUGCUUCGAGCACGACAACGAUCACUGGCGUACCGCGCCUAUGUGGAAUGCGGGACCAUUUUGCUUUUGCAUGAAUGCUAAUAAUAACACGUAUUCGUGUGUGCGUACAAUUAACGCGACGCACAAUUUCCUUUACUGCGAGUUCACCACAGGAUUAGUAACUUAUUAUAAUUUGAGACUCGAUCCAUUUGAACAAUCGAAUCGGGUGUCACUUUUGACGGCUAGUGAAAGAUCUUACUUGCACGAUCAGCUGGAGCACUUGAAAGGAUGUAAAGGUACAUGGGAUUGUACAGUGGGUAACGCUAGAGAGGCAAUGCCGCAAUUUCAACAACAUCAGCGAUACGCUCCGAAAAGAAAGUAUAGUGAAGCUUUUGACGAAAUGUUUGUACCUUCGGCAUUACAAAUUAUACGCGAAAGCGAACUUGGCAGUUCACCCAAAAGACGGAAAAAGUUACAAAAUUGGAAUAGGCGCAACAGAAGCUGGCAAAGUAUCUGGCGACAUCAUCAAGAUUCAAUAAAUUCCCGUCGACAUAGUCACAGACAUCAAUACUGAUCAAUAUCUUUUUUUUUGUAUACGCUUUAAUAAUCGCGUGACGAAUUGCCUUAGGUAUACAUUGAUUUUGCAAUGCAUUUAGUAGCCUAAUUUAUUUAGGAAAAAAAUAAAAACAAAGAAACCGUGGUGAUAUUUUUUUAAACUUGUACAUCUCGAUACGUUAAAUUCUUCCACAUUGUGUGCAUGUUUUUUUUUUUUCAGUAUAAACAUCAUUACGAUCGGAUCUAAUUAUAGAAAUUUAUGUGCACUAUGUGGAAUAUUUUUGAAUUUAGGUUGUACGCGCGAUAAGUUUUAUACAAUUGGAAACGAUCAACGAUUUAUAAUGACGUAGCUAGGAGAUUUUAUUCUAUUAAGUAUUUUUUAUAAUUUAUUUAAAAAAACAACUAUACGUGUAUAUUGUGCACACAAAUAUUUGUCGAAUUACAUUUUGAGAGAUUUUCCAGAUACGCGUUAUAAAUAAUCGCGUUUGUUUUCGUACUUUAAUUAAACGCUGACAACUUUUAUUGUAAACGUAGUAACGUAAAUAAUGUAUACACACGUUUUCAUAACAUAUAUACACGUUUCCCUGAGUUUUUUUACUACGAUACGUUACGUUGGAAUCAGCUGUGUCUGUUAUGUAAUAGAAGACUGUACACGCACAACGAAAAAAAAAAAAAACAUGAUCUUCCCUCGCCAGUUGCUAAAAUCUUGUAAUGUAUUAUUUGCGUAAAACUCACAAAAAAACGUCUAUCAAAUGCUGCCAUUUUAUUUAGCUCUCUUAUCUCGUUUAGAAUACGACAAGAAAUACACCGAUGUUCUUAUUGAUACGCACUGCCAAAAAAA